UCCACCAAAACCUAAAAAGGAUUGUCAGCUUUAUCAAAUGACCAAUAUUGCAUCAACAUCGUAGCAUAGCAUAGCAGCGUAAGUAAACGCAAUCAAAUCUGCAUUCUCCAUUCAUUCAUUUCUUCACUUGCACCCACCAAACCAAACCACACUCUAGAGUACAGUGAGCGAGUCUAGUUCAGAGCCACCCCUCCAUUUCCACUAAGCCAAAAAAAAAAAAAAAAAACUCUUCUCCAUCAUGACAAGGCCAAAGAUUUAUCUCUUCGGUGAUUCAAUCACUGAAGAAUCUUUCUCGGUUGGUGGAUGGGGUGCUUCUCUCGCCCACCAUUUCUCUCGCACGGCUGAUGUGGUGCUAAGAGGUUACAGCGGAUACAACACUCGGUGGGCGUUGAAGGUGUUGGAGAGGGUUUUCCCUGCGUCACAUGGCGGUGACGGUGGAACCGGAACAGCGCCAAUUGCUUUGAGUGUUUUCUUUGGGGCCAACGACGCUUGUGUUCCGGAUAGGUGUUCUGCUUUUCAACACGUCCCUCUCCAUGAAUACAAGCAGAAUCUUCACUCCAUUGUUUCCUUCUUCAAGAAGCGAUGGCCCACAACUCUUGUUCUCCUCAUAACUCCUCCUCCAAUAGAUGAGGAUGCACGUUGUAGAUAUCCGUAUGUAGAAAAUCCACAGGGUCUUCCUGAAAGGACAAAUGAAGCUGCCGGUGAGUAUGCUAGAGCAUGCAUUGGUGUGGCUGGGGAAUGUGGAAUCCCUGUGGUUGAUCUCUGGACCAAAAUGCAACAGUACCCUGAUUGGAAUAAAGAUUAUCUAUGUGAUGGUUUGCAUCUCACGCAAAGCGGCAAUCAAGUUGUUUUUGAGGAAGUAAUUACAAAGCUGAGAGAAGAAGGCUUGAAUCUAGAAUCUAUACCAGUUGAUCUCCCACUUAUUGCUGAUAUUGACCCUAAUGACCCACUGAAGUCAUUUCUGCAGUAAUAGAAUGACAAAUUACAAAAGGGGUACGUGCCUCUUCUUGGGGUUGUUGUGCUUUUGUCGUUAUGGAAAGAUAUGUUAAUACAGUAUAUUACCCCAUAGUAUUUGGAUCGUCCUUUUGUUGUAGCUAUUCUCUGAGGAAAACAAUAUGUUGGGUAAUGUCUAUUAUUGGCCUGUCAAAUGUUAUUUCUGUAACAGUGUGUUUGGACGGGAAACUAAUUAUCUAGAGGAUUUAAAAUUCUCUCCCUAAA